AUGCUCUCUCCAGGAGCAGAGACGGUUGCACGGAUGAUUGGGUGGACCUUUCUCCCAGACUUUGGCUCGAGGAUCUUACUCCAGACCUAUCGAAACCUUCAAGUCACACUCUUACCCAGGUUGGGUUUCAAGUCGUCAGUUCCACCGCCAGUCGGUUCCCCAGCCUAUGCUCUCCAGCAACGAAUAUGCUUCUCGCUUGUGAUUCUAUUUUACCUACUAUACACGUCGGUACAGGCAUACGUCCAGGCCCCGCCAAACUUUUACGAAUUACUUGGAGUUUCGCCAGAUGUAGAGGAGGGGCCGCUCAAGACUGCGUUUCGCAAUUUUGCCAGAGUGAAUCACCCGGACAAAGUUGAGCAGCACAAGCGAUUUGCGUAUGACCGCUUUGGUCCAGACGUCAUUGGAUGGGCAUCUGAAUGUACGACUGUUAGCGAUUACCUGGAGCGGGGCAUGAUGGCCAGCUCUGGAUUCUAUAUUGCAACCAUUGUGGUGAUGCUGCUGUAUGCCAUUUUUGGCCAAAGUGGCUUUGGUGCCUUUUGGCGUUAUCACCUCUUCUUCACCAUCGCUUGUUCAGAACUCCUCCUAAUCCUCUCACCGGACAUUUGGAUCCUGAAAACCAUCUUCCCCUCCCGAGUGGUUUACCAACAUAUCCGUCUACUUCGCCAAAUAUUCAUAUCACUCUCCUUUGCCAUUACGCGCAUUGGACCUGCCAUGCUGCCCUCUUUCUCUGGCCUUGGGCCGACGCAAGGAGAAUGGGAGCAGGAGAGGACUGCGCUAUAUAUGGUGGUCAAGCAGGUUACGGAGAUUGCUGCGCGUCUCGAUCGUGAGAUUAGCAGAAUGAUUCAACUGGAGAUUAGAGCCGCUCACGGACAGGUUGAAGAAUACGCUCCCUCACAACCUAUCCCAGAGGGACUAGCUGCUACUGCUCCCGCUCCGCCAACAACGCCGGGCGUGAUGUUAGCUGGCACGAGCAGGCCAGGCUCGUAUAUUUCUCAGAAACCUGGAGGGAACAAGCACCCUCAAGCUGAGGGUCACACUUCGCAAUCAACCUCUGCACCUAUUGCUGGGCUAGGAGGUGUCGAACUUGAUGAUGGUGUGAUGCGACGGCUCAACAAAGAAGUGGUGAAUCUGGUCUUGGAGAAAAACAUUAAGCGACACCCAAUGCUGGCACGGAUAUGGAGGGACGGUGUCAUGGCUGGACGCGCUGCUUAUGAGCGCGAAAAGGAGGAAAGACUUCGCGAGGCUCGCAAGCCCAGCGAUUCGUUGUCCCAAUCUGACGCCACAGCAGUUGAGAUACUACCACGAGACCUCUCUGGACCAUCUUCUUCGACUAAACCGGGUCCGUGGAAACAAGACUAUAUUCGACGACGAGCCCGGAGCGAGGACUACUUCACCGCACCGUCAUCUUUCAGAGAACAACUCGAGAUAAGAGACACCCCUCCCCCAACUUCUCUCCGCCACAUCUCCGAGUUUUCCUCAGAGGGAACGCCCUCUACGGGCUCAUCACGCAACUCGACGCCAGAGGUUCCAGACGUUUCGUCCUCUUCGCUACUCAAUGUCCAAAGGGAAGAACUUAGCCGUAUGACUUUGUCGCCUGGACCCGAGUUCCAAGCGAACGAGACGCUCUCAAUGCGACGGCUGAGCAACGAGGCCUUUCCUCCAUCCAUCCCGCCGCCGGGAUCACCACCGCCAACUGCGGAAGGGCGAUUUGAUGUCCUCCGGAGUCGAUCCAUGUCCCUGUCGUUCAAUGAUUUGGAACGCGGCGUUGGCGCUUCGUCGUCCGCCAACACGCGCCUUGCCGCCGCUCGCGCUCCUCAGUCACCAAAGGACGCCCAAUUUCUCAACCUGCAGUCUUCGCUAUCUCUCAAUGUCUUUAAAAUCAAUGCCAAUGUACAAGGCAUUCUUAAGCUAGUGGAUCAGCUCGGGACGUCGCGCGAUACAGGCAAUAUCCGCAAGAGCCUGCAUGACUUGACUGAGACUACCCGUGAAAUGAUCAAGAGAGGCACAGAAGAUCUCAAGCAACUCGCUAUACUGCAGUCUAGCUUGCCCCAUCAACAGUCAUUGCUGAAGAAGACGUCGCAUGACUUUCAGCUCUCUCUUGCUGCAUUUCAAAGCGCCCAAAAAUUGAGUGCAGAUAGGCAGCGCACGGUCGUCGAAGUUGUCAAGCAGACGGCGGCAAGUGACGACGCCACCGCCUCUACGAGCAAUGCUGCACCAGCAAGCCCUAGAUUGCAGCAGACUCAGAUGCAGAUUCAGCAGUUAUCACCGUAUGAACUUGCACACCAAGAGUCUUUGAUCGAGGAACGCGAGAGAGAGAUCAAGAACAUCGAGAGUGGUAUCCUCGAACUCAAUGAGAUAUUCGGACAGAUUGGUACCCUCGUCACCGAGCAAGGCACUAUGAUUGACAACAUCGAGUCAAAUAUUGCUUCUGUAGAGAGCAACACUCGUGAAGCUGACCGCGAACUCGUGACCGCGGCCGACUAUCAACGAAAGGCAGGACGAAGGGCAGCCUGCUUGAUGAUCAUUCUCGUCGUGGUCGUCGCCAUAGUACUAUUAGCGGUGAGAAUCUUCAUUAAAAUUGCCCCUUGGCUUCUGCCUUGGUGA